UAGUGCAAGUAGUUCUUGGCUUUCGCUCACCGAGGGCUCCGCUUUAGGAAGGCACUGACUGCAAGCUGUAGAAAACCCUAGAGCAGAGUGCGUUCAGUGAUAGCCAUGGGUCUUCUCUCUUGGUGGAAGGGCAAAGAAGCUCCUGAGAUGAAAACCAAGCAGAAAACAGAGCCGAAACCCGAAAAGUCGGCCGAGAAGUCAGAAACAUUGGGCAUGAACGGAGCCAUGGAAGUUCCUCGACCGGGUGAAGUAACAGUUUUUGAAUUCGGGUCAGUUGCAUCUUCGGCCGAUAAGGUGACGCUUGCAGGGUACUGCCCAGUUUCAGAUGAACUCGAGCCAUGCCGUUGGGAAAUCUUGCCUGCUACUGGUUCUGAAGCUCCGCAAUUUCGGGUAGUUUUCUGAUAAAUUUGUAUAACAGAGAACCUUAAUCACUUUUUUUUUGAUGAAUGAGAACCUUAAUCACUUCCGUUCCGUGGAAAACGAAAUGGGUUUUGUUUAAUGUCUUUAAGGGCCAAUUAAACUUGAGAUAUGGUAGAUAAUUUGUUGAAAGAGUUUCUGUGCAUGGCGUGUUUUUUUC